AUGGUAUUUAUUCAUUAAUAUUUAGUUAAUCUUGAUCGUACUAUAUUAAGAAUAUGUUAUAAUCCUUAAUUAGAAGAAUCAGGAACACUUAUCUUAUAAGGACAAUUAAUAAAUCAUUAAGGGAUUGAUUUAAAACCUUUAUUAAAAUCCAAAGGAAGUUGCUAUUUAGAAUACUUAAAGCAAAAGUGAAAUUAAAAUAUUCAUUAAGAACAUUACAAUUAUAAUUUUAAUCAAUUUCUUA